GGUUUCACCAGCAGUAUUUAAACUGGUGCAAGGCAACUUACUUGCAAGUGUCUUCUGUUGACAUGACAGAUUCUCCUACUAGUUCACACAAUGUUCAAAAGGCACAAGUCCCUUCCUUCGGAACGCAAGAGAGAAAUAUUUUCCCAAGGAGUUACCGGGUCCACGCUGAGGAAUGACUUGAGAAACUUUCACUGUUUGUCGCAACUUGUGCUCUCAACAGGCCCCCUAAAAUCAGCUCCAGUAUCUAAACAUUCAAAAACUGUGCACUUUGAGAUUGAAAUACUUGAUGCACAAACAAGAAAGCAGAUAUGUAUUGUGGAUAAGGUGGUGCAAACAUCUACUAUUCACGAUGUUAAACAAAAAUUCCACAAAGAAUGUCCACAGUGGUAUCCUUCCCAAGUUGGCCUUCAGCUAGAACAAGGUGGGCCUUUUUUGAAGGACUACAUAUCGAUUCAAAGCAUCGCAGCUUCCUCCAUUGUCACUCUUUAUUUUACAGACCUAGGUCAACAGGUCAGUUGGACUACAGUAUUUUUGGCUGAAUACACAGGACCUCUGCUGAUAUAUCUCCUCUUUUAUUUGAGGAUCCCAUACAUAUAUGACAUGAAGGAGAGCUCCAGAAGAUUACGCCAUCCAGUGGUACACUUGGCUUGCUUCUGUCAUUGUAUACACUAUAUCCGAUAUCUUUUGGAAACCUUAUUUGUCCAUAAAGUUUCUGCAGGACAUACGCCUUUGAAAAAUUUGAUAAAGGGCUGUGCCUUUUAUUGGGGAUUUACUUCUUGGAUUGCCUACUACAUUAAUCACCCACAGUACACACCACCGUCGUUUGGAAACCGGCAAGUCGCAGUAUCUGCUAUCAAUUUUUUGAUUUGUGAAGCUGGAAAUCAUUUCAUCAAUGUAAUCUUGGCUCAUCCCAAUCAUACAGGAAUUAAUGCAUGUUUUCCAAGUCCAAAUUAUAACCCCUUCACAUGGAUGUUUUUCCUGGUUUCAUGUCCUAACUACACCUAUGAGAUUGGAUCAUGGAUUAGUUUCACAAUCAUGACACAAACUCUGCCAGUUGGGAUUUUUACACUUCUGAUGAGUAUCCAGAUGUCUCUGUGGGCACAAAAGAAACAUAAGAUUUAUUUGAAGAAAUUCAGUUCUUAUAUGCAUAGAAAAUCAGCAAUGAUUCCAUUCAUACUGUAGGAAAAGUGUAUAGAAGAACAGUAUAUAAUCUCAAUAAAUCAGACAUGGGCAAUUGUUGACUAUAAUUAACAGAAUUUCAAAAACUACAGUACUUUUACUGAGGGGCGCCUGGGUUGCUCAGUGGGUUAAGCCUCUGCCUUUGGCUCAGGUCAUGAUCUCAGGGU